UCCCACAGCCAAUAAGGGCCUGAUGAGCUCAUGUAUCACUAUAACACAAGGACUUAUUCUCUGAUUCUUACAGACCUUCAUCUCCAUCGUCCGAGGAGCUUCUCUUGCUCUCUGAGGUGUGAAGUCUGCUGUCAUCAUGUCCGACACUGAGGAACUGGAUCAGGUAGAGGAGGAGGAAGCCCAGGAGGAGGUAGUAGAAGUAGAAGUAGCCCCUGAGGCGGAGGCCCAGGUAGAAGCAGAGCCAGAGGUAGAGCCUGAACCAGAACCAGAGCCAGAGGAGGUGGUGCAACAGGAGGAAGACGGCUAUGAAGAGGAAGUGGACGAGGGAGAUCAAGAUGAGGAAAAGCCAAAGUUCAAACCUCCGAAGAUCCCCGAUGGAGAGAAAGUGGACUUUGAUGACCUCCAGAAGAAACGUCAGAACAAAGACCUGAUUGAGCUGCAGUCGCUGAUCGACGCUCACUUCGAGUGCAGGAAGAAGGAGGAGGAGGAACUCAUUGGUCUCAAAGAAAGAAUUGAGAAGCGUCGCCAUGAGCGGGCCGAGCAGCAGAGGAUUCGUUCUGAGAAGGAUAAAGAGCGGCAAGCCAGGCGGGAGGCUGAGCGGCAGAGAAAGGAGGACGCUGACGCCCACAGAAAGGCUGAGGAUGAAUCCAAGAAGAAGAUAGCGUUGAGCAGCAUGGGAUCAGGCUACAGCAGCCACCUGCAGAAGGUUGAGCAGAAGAGAGGCAAGAAACAGACUGAAAGAGAAAAGAAGAAGAAGAUCAUGGCAGACAGAUGCAAACCCCUGAGCGUUGACGGUUUCAGCGAGGACAAACUGAGGGAAAAGGCGAAGGAGCUGUGGGAAUGGCUGCACAGCCUGGAGGAAAUUAAAUACGACCACUGUGACAAGCUCAAGAGACAGAGAUAUGAGGUGAUCUCUCUCAGAAACCGCAUCGAUGAGCUGCAGAAACACAGCAAGAAGGGAGCCGCCUCCCGCCGCAGGAAGUGAGCGGCUGCUGAGUGAUGGACAGCCCGGACAGGAGGCGCCUCCACUCAGCUACAACAGCGGCUCCAGACCCCGGAGACAACGGAGCUCCGGGACAUCUGGACGUCUUAGUGUUUGCUCCAUUGUUUUCUGGAUGAAUUUAGCUCUAAUAAUAAAGACAUUUUAAAAAUGUCAUCACUGUGUUUGUGUAAAAAAAAAAAAAGAUUCAGACAAUAAAAUGCCAGAAUUAUGGAUCCUCCAGCCUGCAUGUGUGUAUCAAUCAAUCAUCUGUUUGAUCGAUCUAAUUGAUUAGCUUCCUGUGAAUAAACAGUAGAUUCGUGC